AUGAGUUUUAUUGGCAAAGUUGUGUUAGUUACUGGCGCUAGCUCGGGAAUAGGAGCUGCAACGGCUGCUGCGUUUAGCUCUGAGGGUGCUCGUGUGGCUUUAGUUGGAAGAAAUGUAGCAAAGCUUUCUGCCGCCGCCAAAAAAUGUGAUAAAUCCUUGGUAAUACGCGCCGACGUCUCUAAAGAUGAAGAUUGUAAAAAGUUGAUUGAUCAAGUGAUUGAAGAGUUUGGACAAUUGGACGUCCUCGUUAACAAUGCUGGCAUUUCAACGUGGGGCAGUAUUUUAACAGGAGAUUUAAUGAAAGCGUAUGAUGAUGUCAUGAACAUUAACGUCCGAGCUGCUAUACAUUUGACAAAGUUGGCCGCGCCGCAUUUGAUUAAAACCCGAGGUAACAUCGUUAAUAUUUCCAGUGUUGGAGGGCAAAUGCCAUCUUCAUUACCACCUUUGAUGACUUAUUGCAUCUCUAAAGCAGCAUUAAAUCAUUUCGGUCAAUGUGCAGCAGUGGAACUGGCACCUCAUGGAGUUAGAGUUAACACUGUUAGUCCAGGGCCUGUUAAGACUGAUAUCAUUGAAAAUUCAGGAUUCCCAGGAACAUGGGAUGAUUUCAAAAAGGGUACAAUUUUAGAUAGAGUGUCAGAUCCUGAGGAAAUAGCGGAUGUCAUAUUGUUUUUAGCUAGUGACAAAGCCAGAGGAAUUACUGGUUCAAAUUACUUAACUGAUAACGGCACUUUGAUAAAACGACGU